UGCAGGACCGGAAGUGGACGGCCGCCUUCCCGGCCCCGCAGGCCUCCCAGAGCCCCCUUGCAGCCCGUGCCCGGGCAGUUCUGGGGGGAGCCUGGCAUCUGGGAGCAGAAAGGAGCGUGGCGGGAGUGAGGGUCCCGGGGAUGGGGGGGCCCAGUGGCUUGGAUGGGCUUUCCCGAGUUCUGACCGCGGAGCACCAAAGAGAGGAACAGCUCCCCCUCUCCGACGCCACCCCCCAUUUCUCCUCCCUAGUCCCCCGGGAAGACCCACAGCUGCAGAGAAGGCCAAGGCAGGCUGGGGAGGGCCGGGGGGGGGGGCCCGCCCCGCGGAGGCGGCGCGGUCGUCUUUGGCCGACUGCACCCCCCCUCCAGCGCCCCAGCCCUCUCCUGCCCCCUGGGGAUUGGCCUCUACUGCUUUGUCCACCCCAGCCCUUCUCCCUCCAGGAUUUUCAGCUCCCACAGCCACCGCUGCCCUUCGGAAUGGCCAACAGGGGACCUGCCUACGGCCUGAGCCGGGAGGUGCAGCAGAAGAUUGAGAAACAGUAUGACGCAGACCUGGAGCAGAUCCUGAUCCAGUGGAUCACCACCCAGUGCCGCAAGGAUGUGGGACGGCCCCAGCCUGGGCGCGAGAACUUCCAGAACUGGCUCAAGGAUGGCACGGUGCUGUGUGAGCUCAUCAACGGGCUGUACCCCGAGGGGCAGGCCCCCGUGAAGAAGAUCCAGGCCUCCACCAUGGCCUUCAAGCAGAUGGAGCAGAUCUCUCAGUUCUUACAGGCGGCCGAACGCUAUGGCAUCAACACCACCGACAUCUUCCAGACCGUGGACCUCUGGGAAGGAAAGAACAUGGCGUGUGUGCAGCGGACGCUGAUGAACCUGGGUGGGCUGGCGGUAGCCCGGGACGAUGGGCUUUUCUCUGGAGAUCCCAACUGGUUUCCUAAGAAAUCCAAGGAGAACCCUCGCAACUUCUCGGACAACCAGCUACAAGAGGGCAAGAACGUGAUCGGGCUACAGAUGGGUACCAACCGCGGGGCGUCCCAGGCAGGCAUGACCGGCUACGGGAUGCCCCGCCAGAUCCUCUGAUCCCACCACGCCCUGCCCCGCCCUCCCACGGAUGGUUAAUAUAUAUGUAUAUUUCAGCAGUGACAUUCCCCGAGAGCCCCUGGGGCUCGCAGACUCCCCUCUGCCAGGGCGGGGGCCCGGCCUGCCUCCUCUGGGGGGGCACCCGACGGCGGGCUCUCCCCCUGGGCUUACUAAUACAUUCCCUUCCUCAAACCCACCCAAACUGGACCAACCACAACUGGCCUCUUUUCUCCUGGGACCAAAAUUUGGGGGCCUCGCUACCCCCCAGCCGCAUACCUCUUCACUUGCCCUUUGGCUUCUCUCCCCACGACCCCUGAGCUCCGUGCCCUCAGUCCAUUCCUUGGCCGGGGGUCAGGGACGCCGCCUUCCGGCCUUCCUUCCGCAAGCAUGCCUCGCCCCCAGCUGUGGCUGCAGGGACCUAAUUUAUAGGGAGAGGCCUGUGGCGGCCGCCUCCCCAGCCACAGCCGGGCUGCGCUCACCACACAUCAAGGCAGCCAGCCCCUGGCAGGGGUCCUCUUGGCUUCCCAUUUUCCAUUCCCCUUGCUGUGGCUGGGGCUUGAAAAACCUGAGUUUGCUGAUUUGAAUAAAUAUCUCUGCCUUUUUUUGGA